UGUGAUCACAUGAUUUCUGUUCAUGCAGUCCACACACAGGCACAAGUCAGAUAAUUUAUAUCACCAUAAUGCAACACACUUUGAAAGGCGUAACAAAAGUAAUCUGCUCAAACGCGCCCAAAGCUUCAGGACAGGACAGAAACGAACUAGGUAGAGAGAGCGACAUACGUUAGCUACUGUUGAGAGAAAGUGCAGAUUUAGAUCGAUGGACAAACGUGAAAGGGAUACGGUAUAUUUGAAGUAUUGAGCUAGCAUCGGAUUUAACGUUAUUACGUUGACACUUCUCAAAGGAAUACAACAAUGUCGUCGCCAAGUCCAGGCAAGAGGCGAAUGGAUACCGACGUGGUAAAACUCAUCGAGAGCAAGCAUGAGGUCACCAUCCUCAGUGGACUCAACGAAUUUGUGGUCAAGUUCUACGGCCCACAAGGAAGUAAGUAGCCUUGAGCCAGAACGGCUCAUAGGGCAGGAGUCUCCUGUUUCUGUAGCACGAGGCAGCUUAAUGUACAAGUACACCCCCUGGACCGGAUCUAUCGCAGGGCAAUACCCCCAUAAUGCUGAGGGCCAAGCAGAGAUGCAUCAGGUCCCAUUUUUUUAUAGUCUUCAGUAUCCCGGGGCAGUAGGUAGCCUAGUGGUUAGAGCAUUGAGCCAGUAACCGAAAGGUUGCUGGAUAGAAUCCUGAGCUGACGAGGUACGAAUCUGUCGUUCUUCCCCUGAACAAGGCACUGUUCCCUGGUAGGCCGUCAUUGUAAAUAAAAAUGUGUUCUUAACUGACUUGCCUAGUUAAAUAAAGGUUAAAUAAAAUGAAUGACUCAGCUAGGGAUUGAACUCACAACCUUCAAAUCUCAGGGUGGACACAAGGCCACUAAUAUGGUAAGUAAGUGUUUUCAUAAACAUCCUCACUGGCUAAUUGUGUCAAUGCCAGAUCUGUAUGUCUUCCUCCCAGUGUGUGAACAUGCGGUUGUAUGUGCAGGUGUGUGUGUUUCUAAUCAAAUGUUGUUUUUAGCACCGUAUGAAGGAGGUGUAUGGAAGGUACGAGUAGACCUACCUGACAAAUACCCCUUCAAGUCUCCAUCUAUAGGAUUCAUGAAUAAAAUCUUUCAUCCCAAUAUUGAUGAAGCGUCAGGUACAGUGUGUCUAGAUGUCAUCAACCAGACAUGGACAGCCCUGUAUGACCUGACCAACAUCUUCGAGGCGUUCCUGCCCCAGCUGCUGGCCUACCCCAACCCCAUCGAUCCUCUCAACGGAGACGCUGCUGCCAUGUACCUGCACCGACCAGAGGACUACAAACACAAGAUCAAAGAGUAUCUCCAGAAGUAUGCGACAGAGGAGGCUCUAAAGGAGCAGGAGGAGGGAGGCGACUCCUCAUCUGAGAGUUCCAUGUCAGACUUCUCCGAGGAUGAGGCUCAGGACAUGGAGUUGUAGUGAAGGGGAGACAACCCCCACUCCCCUCACACACACAGACUAUAAUUUCCUAAAGAGCAGAAAGACUAUUAUAUACAUAUAAACAUGGCAAUUUUUUUAUUACUAACCAAGGAUUUUUAUAGAUUAAAUGUAUGAGAAGCGGCGGUGUGAAAUGUUAAAAUGUCACCCUCGUCUAGAUAUUCUUUAUAACUCUGUCAUAGUCCCCCUCUACCACCACCAUAACCACAUUAUUACCCCCUCUUACCCAGAAAGGAGUGCAGCAUUCCCAGGAUCCUAAAUUCCCUCUGCUGUGGUCUGGGUCGUAUUGUCAUCGACCGUUGACCCACUAUCCGUGGGGUAGGCAGAAAGCGGAUUUUUCAGUUUUUCAGGGAUACAAUAUUUUCAACAUAACUUCCGUUUCCCCUUAAAAUUGGAUGUGGGGACUCAGCUCAGGCACCUGCUACAUUAGGUUACCUUUGACCCAACCCUGAUAGAACUGAUGGGUUGAGACCAGAGAGCAGUGCACCAUGGGAAGACAAGAGUGUCAGACUGUCAUUGUCAUGACGGAGACAGGGAUGGAAUGUUUAUACUCAGUAACCCGGCCACCCCCCACUCUAGUUUGAUUUUUAAUUCUCAGAAUUGUUCUAUAUUUGAUUAAGUGUGUGAAUCACUUUUAUGACAGGCACAGCUUUUUACCCUCCCCUUGCUCUCAGAGAAGCUCUCUGGCUCUAGUGCACGGCCCACUGUUUCUGGAGUCAUUACCACAAUAAGGAAUCGCACUUUGAGAUGCAAUUUCACUUGUUGACUUUCUACAUUUUGGGGGUUGGAAGCUACCGUCAGGACCACCACAUGAUCACUCCUUCCCAAGGAUCAGUUAGUGGGUUUCAUCCAGACCUAUCCAAUAUGGCUGCCAUUGACCUCUCUGUCAGGCCUCACCCCAGAGGCCAGUAUAUCCUAUCCAACCACCACACCCUGUUUGUCAUAGAAACUGUUCUGUAAACAAGCCUUUUACCCUGUAGUCAGGAGCACCAGCGCACCAACCAAGAGACACCUUACCACACCAGAGUUGAAAGGGGUGUUGAAGGUGGACUGAACAUCAUUUAUUUUCUCUUUCUUUUUUCUCCUCUCUGCUCAGUGACUCAUUCAGAGGCUUGCUACUUGUUGUUUUCACAAAGGGAGGGUAGGAGUUCUCUGAUGUGUCUGUGUGAGAGAGAACCAAUCUUAUGUUUUCAGACCCAACUGACCCCAAUGGAAGCGAACCAGACUACUGGAGCCAUAGUAGUUUGUCAUCCUCGGUGACAACCCUAACACACAACACAACAUGAAACAACACACUGUUGUCGCUCUGGAGGAAAGAACAACAGAGACUAACUACUGUCAUUCCAGGAGCUGUCUGUCACUAAUCAAACUCACAUAAUCAUGCACCAGUCACUCCUUUAGCUCUCCUCUUCCUCCUAGUUAUCCUCUUCAUCCGCUUUCUCCUCCUCUCCGUUUUAGGAAAGUGUUUGUGAUUCUCCAAGCAUCCUUUGGUACCUUGUGACAUGAUACAGAAGUGAAGUUGUGUAGGACAUUGAGUUUAUAUGCUGUAGAAAAAGAGAAAAGACACCUCUUAUGUGAUGGAUGGGUUUCUAUCUAGAUGUCAGCAGUGUCCAGUCGUAUCCACACUGAGGGCCAGUAUAUGGCCAGGUUUCAUUCCUUCCAAGCACUGUUUGGAUUUCUGCCUUCAUAGAAGACUAUUAUUAGUUGAAUCAGGUGUGUUAGUGCUUGGUUGAAACAGAAGCCUGGAGCCAUUCGACUGGCCCUCUGUAGAUAAGACUGGACAGUCCUGAUCUAGGUGUUGGAUUGAGUAGUUGUGUGGGGAAGGGCAGGGCUGGGAGGUUGGAAGGCUACCUUGGGACGUGUUGGAUGGAAUAGGGAGUGACAUGGGGUGGGAUGGGGAAGGAACAAACCAGGUCCUUGUUGCCUCUUGCUUAUGUUAAACUAUAAUAUGUGUAGUUUAGGGCUUGUUAGUGUGCUGGGUGGUGAGUAAUAUUAUAAUCUAUAGUUUUAUUUCUUCUAUAUCAAGCUAGUUUCAAAGCUUAUCAUCCUGUAAAGGUGAACAGAUAAAUACAUUUUGUUUUAAUUUGAGUUGACUUAUUUUUUUCUCCUGGUUUGAAUCUGAUCCUCCAAAGACAUGUUGCAUCCCUGUCUCCUCUCCCUUAUGAAAAUACCCCCCUCUGUCUGUAUUCUCAGUUCAGUGUGCAGGUGGACUCAUCUAGCCUGGGUGUCUAGCUGUCUGCUGUAGCCAACUCCUUUGUCGUUGUUCUUAUGUAAAUUUGGUCUAAAGCAGAAAUCACUGUCUGAUAUCCAGGCUAGAUGAGUGCACCUACAUACUCAGACUGGCUAGCAGACAGUGUUUUUGGUUUUCUGCCUCUGUGAUCACUAACUCAGGAGCAGCACAUUGGGAGUGCUCCAGGAUUUUUCUCUCUUACUAUUGUCAUCAUUAAAAGGCUCCUCAUCAACCUACACAGGGUGUCCCAUUCCUGCCACAGUAAACUAUAUGUGCCCAAACCUAUCCCAAUGUGCCCAAUUCUAUAUCAUAUCCUAUCCUCAUCUGUGUGCUUAGUUAUAUAAUAUCCUAUAGGUCACAUUCUGAUUGUUUCAGAUAGAAAUUGGUCAUGGUUGUCUAUUCCAAACGGGAGGAUCUUGUCCAUUCUGUACAUGACAGAUCUAUUUAUGAUUUUCUUAACAUUGUGCAUCAAUUCAAUAUGCUAUUAGUGAUGUAAGUGAAAGGUCUAGGUCCUAGACUGAAGGAGCUGGUUGCAUAUUUACUGGUUUAAUGACGGGGACUCUUUGCACUAAGCAGAUGUCAGAAUGCUUCAAAACACUGUCAUAACAUGUGAUAAGACUGACAUAAGCCUGUUACAGAAGUGUACUGGCCACUGUCUUGGGUCAGAUGAGAAGAGAUGUAUUUCUUUAAGAGAACCAAUCUCUUUCAUUGGGGACAUCCUAGUCAUAAACAUUAGAAUUGAAUCACAAUUGAGUUAAUCCCUUUGUUUUUCUUUUCACAAAAUGCAACAACUGUAAAAUGUAUAAUGUUGACAAUUAAUAUUUAACGUAUUAGGGUUCAGGGUUGAAGUUACAGAAAACAUACCGAACCCCCACCUCAUCCCUACAUUCUGAUGCUAUUGUUGCUACUUGUCUGUAAUUUGUAUUUUGCCUCCAUUAAACUAAGAACAGGAGAGUCAAAGA